AGUGGGCAACGCGGCGUGAGCAGCGGCCCCAGGCUCCCGGAGCAUCGCGCCCGGAGAAAGACUUCGCCGCUCGGGGCCGCAGCCUGGUGAGCUCAGCCCCCUUCAAGCCCUCCCCUGCAUCUCAGCCGGAGCCUCUCCGAGCCGGCGCUGAUCGAUGCUGAGGCUCCCCAGGGACCCUAUCGCGACUCCAUCGCGCUAUAUCUCGACAUCGCCGUGCCCUGUCGAGGCUCCAUUUUGUCACAGCCCCUUUCAGUAUCUAUCUAUCUAUUCUUUUUAAAUUUGCCCUAUCAUAUUUGGGGGCUGUCCCCCUUCAUGUCGUGAUUUCGCUGUGAUCUCUCCGUGACAUCACCGCGCCAUCGUGAAGUGUGAUCUCAUCGCUGCUCUGUCGUUCGACUUCAUCAAUGUCGUGUUGUGACCUGGCUGCGGCGGGACAGGUGGUGACCGCCAGGAUCCCUUCUCCCCUUCUCAUCUCUCCAUCACAGCAGCCCCGCUUCGAUUAUCCGGCUUUUGGAGUCUGUUAUCCUGAGAGCUACCUGACCCCUCCUUCCUUCUCUAGCCAGUGCCGGCACCCACAGGCUGGUAGCGGGAUGGACAGGGAGAGUACAGGGACCACAAGGGGUUAAUGCUGCUGCUGCAGCUGCAGCUCCUGCUUCUGCAGCCUCUGCAGCCUCUGCCCGAGGGAGGGAAAAAAAAAAAAAAAAGAGGCAAAGGAGGCUGCGGGGGCGAUUAUGAGCCCUGGCUAGAGGGGUGGGUCCUCAGGGGAGUCUUCAGAGCCUUCUCUGGAGAGCUCUCCUUCUCACUUCUGCUGAAGCCAAUCUACUUUCUCUGAAGAAGGGAGGGGAAAGGAACCCUAGAAUGUCCUUUGCAUCCUUGUCAGCGUGAGUCCGGAUAAUCGAACUUCACCCGUGUAUGUCUUCAUCUCUCCCUGUCUGUCCUCACCACUCACUCCCCAUGUGCCUCCUGGAGAGAGAUAAAACCCGGUGUCUGUCACCAGCGGCUGCUGAACAGUGGGGCCAGCUCCUUCCCACUUCUCUACUGGUGAGGAGAGCUGUCUAGCUGAGCAGCCGCAUGCAUGAUCCUCAUUUCCCACUUUUCUGGAGGUGACCUUGGACCAGGGUCCCUUCUUCAUCCUAAAAGAAUUUGCAGUUGGGCAAGGCGGGCAUCAUGGCCUCGGAUUGCGAGCCAGCUCUGAACCAGGCAGAGAGCCGAAACCCCACCCUGGAACGCUACCUGGGAGCCCUCCGUGAGGCCAAGAAUGACAGCGAGCAGUUUGCAGCCCUGCUGCUAGUGACCAAGGCAGUCAAAGCAGGUGACAUUGAUGCCAAAACUCGACGGCGGAUCUUUGAUGCCGUUGGCUUCACCUUUCCCAACCGACUCCUGACUACUAAGGAGGCACCUGAUGGCUGCCCUGACCACGUUCUCCGGGCCUUGGGUGUGGCCCUGCUGGCAUGUUUCUGCAGUGACCCUGAACUAGCCAGCCAUCCCCAGGUCCUGAACAAGAUCCCCAUCCUUAGCACGUUCCUUACAGCCCGGGGGGACCCCGAUGAUGCUGCCCGCCGGUCCAUGAUUGAUGACACCUACCAGUGCCUGACAGCUGUUGCAGGCACACCCCGAGGGCCCCGGCACCUCAUUGCUGGUGGCACAGUGUCUGCCCUGUGCCAGGCAUACCUGGGGCAUGGCUAUGGCUUUGACCAGGCCCUGGCACUCCUGGUGGGGCUGCUGGCUGCUGCAGAGACACAGUGCUGGAAGGAGGCGGAGCCCGACCUGCUGGCUGUGUUGCGAGGCCUCAGUGAGGAUUUCCAAAGAGCUGAGGAUGCCAGCAAGUUUGAGCUCUGCCAGCUGCUGCCCCUUUUUCUGCCCCCAACAACUGUGCCCCCCGAAUGCCACCGGGAUCUGCAGGCCGGCCUGGCACGCAUCCUAGGAAGCAAGUUGAGCUCCUGGCAGCGCAACCCUGCACUGAAGCUGGCAGCCCGCCUGGCUCAUGCCUGCGGCUCCGACUGGAUCCCAGUGGGCAGCUCUGGGAGCAAGUUUCUUGCCCUCCUGGUGAAUCUGGCGUGCGUGGAGGUGCGGCUGGCUCUGGAAGAGACAGGCACAGAGGUAAAAGAAGAUGUGGUCACCGCCUGUUAUGCCCUCAUGGAGUUGGGCAUCCAAGAGUGUACCCGCUGUGAGCAGUCCCUGCUGAAGGAGCCACAGAAGGUACAGCUUGUCAGCAUUAUGAAAGAGGCCAUUGGAGCUGUCAUUCACUACCUGCUGCAGGUGGGACCAGAGAAGCAGAAAGAGCCCUUCGUGUUUGCUUCCGUGCGAAUCCUGGGUGCCUGGCUGGCUGAGGAGACCUCAUCCCUGCAUAAGGAGGUGUGCCAACUGCUGCCCUUCCUCGUCCGCUAUGCCAAGACCCUCUACGAGGAGGCUGAGGAGGCCAAUGACAUUUCACAGCAGGUGGCUAACUUGGCCAUCUCUCCCACUACCCCAGGGCCCUCCUGGCCAGGGGAUGCUCUCCGGCUCCUCCUGCCCGGCUGGUGUCACCUGACUGUUGAAGAUGGGCCCCGGGAGAUCCUGAUCAAGGAAGGGGCCCCCUCACUUCUGUGCAAGUACUUUCUGCAGCAGUGGGAACUCACAUCCCCCGGCCAUGAUACCUCAGUGCUGCCAGACAGCGUGGAGAUCGGCCUGCAGACCUGUUGUCACAUCUUCCUCAACCUGGUGGUCACUGCACCAGGGCUGAUCAAGCGCGAUGCCUGCUUCACAUCGCUUAUGAACACCCUGAUGACAUCACUGCCCUCACUAGUGCAGCAACAAGGGAGACUGCUUCUAGCUGCCAAUGUGGCCACCUUGGGCCUCCUAAUGGCCCGGCUCCUCAGCACCUCUCCAGCUCUCCAAGGAACCCCAGCCUCCCGAGGUUUCUUCGCAGCUGCCAUCCUCUUUCUGUCACAGUCCCAUGUGGCACGGGCCACCCCUGGCUCUGACCAGGCAGUGCUGGCCCUGUCCCCUGACUAUGAGGGCAUCUGGGCUGACUUGCAAGAGCUCUGGUUCCUGGGCAUGCAGGCCUUCACGGGUUGUGUGCCACUGCUGCCCUGGUUGGCCCCUGCUGCCCUGCGCUCCCGCUGGCCACAGGAAUUGCUACAACUGCUAGGUAGUGUAAGCCCCAACUCUGUCAAGCCUGAGAUGGUGGCUGCCUACCAGGGUGUGCUGGUAGAAUUAGCGAGGGCUAACCGGCUGUGCCGGGAGGCCAUGAGGCUGCAAGCGGGUGAAGAAACAGCCAGCCAUUACCGCAUGGCUGCCUUGGAGCAGUGCCUGUCAGAGCCCUGAGGGGCAUCCAGUAGGGAUAGACCCAGGGGCGGGCAGCGAGGGAAGGAGGGAGGAGGCAUCUUCCCUGAAGCCCCCAAACUGGACCCUUCUUCAGACUUCCCCUACAAACACCCCAGCUUUCUGGCUUUUCUGAGGGCUAGGGCAUGAUGCCCACCUCUUAAGUAUAAGGAACUGCAUCCUGCCCCCAGCCCCCUUGGGGCAGGGAUUGGCUUGGAACAGAGGUUGGCCCCGCCAGGCCGGGGAAGGUUGGAGCAGCCCCAGAACGAGGGCAACUAAGUGUCAUUAUACCCAAUGUCUGGCUCCCUGACAGAAGGGAGGUUCCAGGGUAGGAGCGGGCUGGCAGGCGCUGACUGCCUCAGCCUAUGUGCCCUGCCGGCCAGGGCGUGGCCUCCCCAAGGCUGUGGUGCCCCUUCUGGCUCCCCAAGGUCCGCGCCCUUUAUAUUGGCCAUUUGGUUCUUGCCUUUAGUCCUCUUGGACGGAGAGCAGGCUCAGGCCAUUGACAUCGCAGUUCUUCCUUUCAACUUUAGUGACCCAGGGUCCGACAUGCCCCUGUCCUUCCAGGGCAAUUUGGAGCAGGCAGACCAGUGGGGGGGUGGGGAACCUCUUUCCACCUGCGCUUCCUUGAGGGAACCCAAGAGCCCUUGGUCCCAGGUCUCUUGAGCUUUUGUGUCAUGUUGCAGCAGAGUGAAGAUGGGGGUUGGGGUUAUUUAUUUUGCUUGUCCUUAUCCUUGCUUGGAGACCUGAGCAUCAGAUCCCUGUGCCCCUGGUGCCAUCUGGCCUGGCUGGAGCCAGGAGCAGGAGGUUACACCACCCUAGAAUCCGCAUGUUUUCCCAGUGAUUGCACUCCACUGCCACCGUGGUGCCUGGCUUCAGCUCCUCUACCCCAAUCCCUGCUUAGACUCCUGCAGGGAGACGCGACUGGCGGCUCCAGCAGGAACUACCUUUCUGAACCCUUGGAGACCCGCAUACUCCUGACCCCUUGCUUCACCCCACCCCCGCCCCCAGUGCGUUCUGUGACCGCCAAGUUCAAAGCUGUGUACAUGUGGACACUCAAUAAAUGUUCAUUGGUGAUGAGAA